GUUCAGUAAUGUUCAAAAGCAAAGUUACUGAAACCAGGCGGUACCUUUUGCCACUUAUCGUUUCCCCUCGGUCAUAUUUGACUGUUACACUGGUUUGGUACUCGAACCACUGUUGAUAACAUCUUGGAGUAAAUUUUACAAAGUGUUUCUCAUACAGGUCAGGUUGCUGUGAUGGCGGUGAAGCUGCAAGGCUUUGAGUUCUGGAAGACCACGCUGAGGGGGGCGCGUUACGUCGUUGCACCCAUGGUGGACCAGAGCGAACUGGCCUGGCGUCUACUGAGCCGUCGCCAUGGCGCCGAGCUGUGCUACACGCCCAUGCUGCACGCGCAGGUGUUUGUACGCGACGCCAACUACAGGAAAGACAACCUGUACAGCGAAGUCUGCCCCGAAGACAGGCCGCUUAUUACACAGUUCUGUGCCAACGACCCAGAGGUGUUUGUCCAGGCAUGUCUACUGGCUCAGGACUACUGUGAUGCUAUCGAUCUCAACCUGGGAUGCCCACAGAUGAUCGCCAAGAGAGGGCACUACGGAGUCUUCCUACAGGAUGAGUGGGAGCUGCUGGAGAAGAUGGUGAAGCUAGCCAAUGAGAAGAUCUCUGUUCCCAUCACCUGUAAGAUCCGUGUGUUUAACAAGAUGGAGGAGACUGUUCAGUACGCUCAGAUGCUGGAGAAGGCUGGCUGCCAGCUGCUGACCGUCCACGGUCGGACCAAGGACCAGAAAGGACCCGCCACAGGCAUCGCUAGCUGGGAACACAUCAAGGCUGUACGGAACGCUGUUAACAUCCCUGUGUUCGCUAACGGUAACAUCCAACACCUGAGUGAUGUGGAGCAGUGUAUGGAGGAGACUGGAGUACAGGGGGUGAUGAGUGCAGAGGGGAACCUCCAUAACCCAGCUCUGUUUGAGGGUCACAGCCCUCCUGUAUGGGAGAUGGCUGAGGAGUAUCUAGAGGUGGUCAGUCAGUAUCCUCCCUGUACCCUGUCCUAUGUCAGAGCACACCUCUUCAAGCUCUGGCACCACACGCUGCAGAUCCACAAGGACCUGAGAGAGGAGCUGGCCAAGGUGAAGAACCUGCAGGGGCUGACAGAGGUCAGCAGACAACUCAGACUACGCUGCCAGGAGGAGAUAACCAAUGGAGGCGAGGAGGCGGGGCAGGUGGUUGGGCUGCCAUUCCCUCAUUGGAUCUGCCAGCCGUACGUCAGACCAGUGCCGAAGGCUCCGGUUGCUAACGGCAACGGUACGGAGGUGAAGGCAGGGUGUCACAAGAGGGCGUUGUCACAGGAGGACUCGGACGGGGCGUGCGAUGUCCUCUCCAAAAACAAACAGAAGAAGAAAGCCAGAAACCCCCACAAGAACUUCUGUCCCGAGCAGAAGCCAAAGUACAUCAAGUGUGAGCAGUGUGGAAAUCCAAAGGGUAAUCAGUGUGUAUUCAACCUGUGUCGAGGUUGCUGUAAAAAGAAGGCCCACAAGGAGGUGGCAGACUGCCCAAGUCACGGGCUGAGGUUCAAGACCAAGGCAGAGAAACAGAAGUCAGAGCGGCAAGAGGAGGAAGAGGGAAAGAGCAGAGGAUUACAGGAGGAAGAGGAUGGAGGAUUGUUGAACGGGACCCCCAGCCCCCCAACAGACCCCCCACAGAGGACAGACUGUGGCCUGAGACAUGGACUAACAGGGACAUAGACAUCCAUUCAUAUGUAGAGCGCACACACACACACACACACACACACACACACACACACACACACACACACACACACACACACACACACACACACACACACACACACACACACACACACACACCACCA